AGUCAAGUUGCUCCACUGCUAUACUACAGAAGAAGUUUAGAAUCUUAAGCAGAUGAAAAAGGAAUAAAGCAUUUAAAUGGGGAGAAAAAAAGGCCGAUAAAAUUUCUGGCUACAAUACAAGAGACAUAUCAUUACCAUAUGAUCUAAUGUGGGUGUCAGCCGGAUUGUGUUCAUUGAGGGAAACCUUAUUUUUUAACUGUGCUAUGGAGUAGAAGCAGGAGGUUUUCAACCUAGUGACAGUCACAGAGCAGCACCUGCCCCCUCCUCCUUUCCACACCUGCAAACUCUUUUGCCUGGGCUGAAUAUUUAGUGUAAUUACAUCUCAGCUUUGAGGGCUCCUGUGGCAGAUCCCCGGAUUAAAAGGUUCCUUGGUUGUGAAAAUACAUGAGAUAAAUCAUGAAGGCAACUUUCAUCUUCCUCUUGCUUGCACAAGUUUCCUGGGCUGGACCGUUUCAGCAGAAAGGCUUAUUUGACUUUAUGCUGGAAGAUGAGGCUUCUGGGAUAGGCCCGGAUGACGGCUUUCAUGAAGUUUCUGAAUUAGAGCCUCAGGCGCCAGUGUGCCCCUUCCGCUGUCAAUGCCAUCUUCGAGUUGUCCAGUGUUCUGAUUUGGGUCUGGACAAAGUGCCAAAAGAUCUUCCCCCUGACACUGCACUGCUGGACCUGCAAAACAACAAAAUAACUGAAAUCAAAGAUGGAGACUUUAAGAACCUGAAGAACCUUCAUACGUUGAUUCUUAUCAACAACAAAAUUAGCAAAAUCAGCCCUGGGGCAUUUGCACCUUUGGUGAAAUUGGAACGACUUUAUCUGUCCAAGAAUCAGCUGAAGGAAUUGCCAGAGAAAAUGCCCAAAACUCUUCAGGAGCUGCGUGUCCAUGAGAACGAGAUUACCAAAGUGCGAAAGUCUGUGCUCAAUGGAUUGAACCAGUUGAUUGUCGUAGAACUUGGCACCAACCCUCUGAAGAGCUCAGGCAUCGAAAAUGGAGCCUUCCAGGGAAUGAAGAAGCUCUCCUACAUCCGCAUUGCUGACACCAAUAUAACCACCAUCCCUCAAGGUCUUCCUCCUUCCCUUACUGAAUUGCAUCUUGAUGGCAACAAAAUCACCAAAGUUGAUGCAGCUAGCCUGAAAGGACUGAAUAAUUUGGCUAAGUUGGGACUGGGUUUCAACAGCAUCUCUGCUGUAGACAAUGAGUCUCUGGCCAACACUCCUCAUUUGAGGGAACUUCAUUUGAACAACAACAAGCUUAUCAAAGUGCCUGGUGGGCUGGCAGAUCAUAAGUACAUCCAGGUUGUCUACCUUCAUAACAACAACAUCUCUGCAAUCGGCCCUAACGACUUCUGCCCACCUGGAUACAACACCAAAAAGGCUUCUUAUUCCGGGGUGAGCCUUUUCAGCAACCCAGUCCAGUACUGGGAGAUCCAGCCAUCCACCUUCCGAUGUGUCUAUGUGCGCUCUGCCAUUCAGCUCGGAAACUACAAGUAGCUCCCAAGAAAGCCCUCGUUUUUAUAACCUGGCAAAAUCCCGUUAACGUCACUGCUCAAAAAAAAAAAAAAAUAUAUUAAAGCUAGAUACUGGAAACCUAACUGCAAUGUGGAUGUUUUUCCCACAUGACUUAUUAUGCGUAAAGCCAAAUAUGCAGUUUAAAUAAUUGCCUACAAUAAAAAAAAAAUUUUGCCUGCCAUUUUCAGAAUCCUUUUUUGAAGUUUAUUAUUGAUGUUAACUGAGCUAUUGCAGAUAUUCUUAUUUCACUAAAUGUAAAAUUUGGAGUAAACAAUUUAGUAGAGCUUUUAAUUUCCAGAAGAAAUCAAUAAAAAUGGUAUCAAUCUUCUGUAACUCAUAGGGAGGUUAGUGCCUUUGACAUAGUCUAGCAAUAAUGUAUUCAUCCCCAUUAUUACUGAUAAAGCCUCAUUUGAGUGUGUAAAUUCAAUACAGGCUAUGUAAAAUGUUUGCUAAUGUCAUUAUUUUGAAAAAAAAUAAAUUCACAAGUACAUUUUAAAUUACUAUUGUAUAAAAGCGUAAUUGUAAAUCUUCCCUAACCUCAAUUUUCUGAAGAGAGUAAACAUUGCUGUCUUGAUAAAAACAGCACACCUUUUCAAGUUCUUAGGUAUGUAUUCUACCUCUGUCCUUUGACAUUUGUGCAUUAUAACUUACUUUAUCUAUAUUCAGUAUUAAGCUGAUAAGGCACAAAACUGACUUUCUCUUAUUGGUCUAUAAAAACCAAUAUUUUUAGUUACUAAAUACUAAAUCAAUUUUAAAACUAUUAUGUGUGUAAUCAGGCUGAGUAUUUCUGUACUUACUAGA